UCCGGCUCUCCACCCGAUCGAUCUCGCGGAGUCUCGUCGAGAGCGAGAGUUUCUCCCACAGCAAAAUAAUACUUGACCCAACGAAACGAACGUAUUUGACGGUGUUUUUGUGCGUAACCUUCUUAUGCUAUAAAGCAACCAGAACCAGUCAGGAGUACUGUAUUCAGUGGUGUAUGGAAGUGUAAGAAGUGUUACCCACGUGUUGAUUGGUUCCACAGUAAAACCUACGAUCAUGAAAAUGGUUUUGUCACAGCGUCAAAGAGAGGAACUGAAUAAAGCCAUAGCUGACUAUUUAUGCAGCAAUGGCUACAUGGAUGCGUUGGAAGCCUUCAAGAAUGAGGCAGACAUGCCAGGCGAGAUUGAAAGAAAAUAUGCUGGGCUUCUUGAAAAAAAAUGGUGCUCAGUUAUUAGACUUCAGAAAAAGGUAAUGGAACUAGAAGUAAAGUUAAAUGAAGCUGAAAGGGAAUACAUUGCCGGUGCUCCCACGCGAGACAAACGAUCGCCGUCCGAAUGGAUUCCACGACCCCCAGAGAAGUACAGCCUCACAGGGCACAGGGCACCAGUUACAAGGGUAAUUUUCCACCCGAUGUAUUCAGUGAUGGUGUCAUCAAGUGAAGACGGUACUAUCAAGGUUUGGGAUUACGAAACUGGAGAUUAUGAAAAGACAUUAAAAGGUCACACUGAUAGCAUUCAGGACAUAGCAUUUGACCAUAGUGGCAAGUUCCUAGUCUCAUGUAGUGCUGAUAUGUCAAUCAAACUGUGGGACUUUUCAUCAUACGAGUGUGUCAAGACGAUGCACGGCCACGACCACAAUGUGUCCUCGGUCACUUUCAUGCCCUCGGGAGAUUAUCUCUUGAGUUCCUCCAGAGAUAAGACCAUUAAAAUGUGGGAGGUGGCUACAGGAUAUUGUGUCAAGACAUUUACUGGACACCGGGAGUGGGUGAGGAUGGUACGAGUGUGCAAUGAUGGCUCUCUCAUUGCAUCGUGCUCCAAUGACCAGACAGUACGUGUGUGGCUCACAGCUAGUAAGGAAUGUAAGGCUGAACUGCGAGAGCACGACCAUGUAGUAGAGUGCAUUGCGUGGUGUGAGGGCAAUGCCUGUGCGGCUGUGAAUGAUGCAGUUGCGACAGAUAACCGCAAGCCCAACUACCAGGGUCCCUUCCUGAUAUCUGGAUCACGAGACAAGACUAUCAAGGUAUGGGAUGUAGGCAUUGGUCUGUGCCUCUUCACACUUGUAGGACAUGACAACUGGGUCCGAGGCCUGUUAGUACACCCUGGUGGCAAAUACAUCCUUUCUGCCUCUGAUGACAAAACAGUUCGUGUUUGGGAUAUUAAGAAUAAGCGAUGCCAAAAGACUCUCGAUGCUCACUCUCAUUUCUGUACUUCAUUAGAUAUGCACCGGAGUGCGCCAUACGUAAUCACUGGCAGUGUGGAUCAAACCAUUAAGGUGUGGGAGUGUCGCUAAUUCGAAGGUGUGUGAGCAAGCCUCGCCCACCUCUCCCAUCAACCUAUUGGUUACCCCUUCCUCCUACUGCAUUCUGCCAUCACUGCUAGAGAUAUUGAUGCUGCUGCUCCCACUCUACCUACAACUGAGCUACUGCCUCUCGUCAACUCUUCCAGCGGUUCUGCCACUCUUGUCCAUUCCUAGGUUUAUCUUGUGUGGUUGAUGUCACGUUCCAUCACCACAAACUAUUUAGAAGGUAGAAGGUGACCAGUGUGCAGUAAGAGGCAAGUGGCACAAUGUGUGUGUGGGAGGAGAGACCCCAAGUAAUUUAUUAUUUUAAUUUAUUGUUAAUAUCAUGGAUGUUAUAAUGCAAGUACCACCUUCUUGGCAGUAAUUAGGGCAUGGUUACCAGAAGAUGGAGAAGCUCUAGGGUGUGUCCAGGGUGGGUAUAUAGCACCUGUGUAUAGCUGCUUUUGUAUUGCGCCUCUUAACAUGCACGCAUGUGACAGCUGAGGCACUAAACUGCAAAGAGGGCCUGAAGGACGGAGUGAGACGUCCAACCUAGUGAUGCGUUGCUAAUCGUUCAUUAUUUUUACGCCAAAGAAGAGAAGAGAGGUGUUUCUUAAAAACCAGUGAAUAUUAACUUGAAGCUCAUUUGUAUUUCAGGUGUUACCUGUGAUUCAUUACCAAGUGUUCAAAGCAAAACUUGGAGGAUCGCAAAAUUAUUUACAUUUGUAUAUACAUAGUAGAAGCAAAUAGUUACCCAAACGACAACUAUAUUGUAUUGGAAAUGAAAACUGGAAGUUAAGGAAGAAUGUAGGCAGCAGUAUGGUGUUGCUCCGAGUGUGCUGUGUGUCAGGUGGGCGUGGCAGGCUGGGUUUGACUCCUUCCUUCAAUAGUUGAAACUUAAUGUACAUGGGAAUUUUUCUUACUCCAAUCAAUUUCUUUGUAGUGUAUAUAUAUAUAAAUUUAAGCAUUAAACUUGGUCAAAAGGCUAAAAAUGUGGAAGACAGGAUGCUUCACUAUAUAUAAGCAGCCUGUUGCACAGCACAGGACAGUAACAUACUUGACCUUGAUGUUGGAGUUCAGGAGAGGCUGAAACAGGCGGUCUGGUGCUACAUUUGGUGUUUACCUGCUUAAUUUGUCUCUAGAAGUAACUGAUGCAAUUACAACUUGAAGUAUGACUUGAAAGAUGGUUGGUUCUCGGGUGUAAUUUUGUCGUCGUCACUUAAUAGUACUCUUUGAGCAGGUUAGUAUCUAUUACUUUGGUUGUCUCUUAUGUCCAGCUAGACUUCUGUAAACCCAUCCUUUAUUGAGCAUCCCAGAUGAGAGAUGUUAAUACUUUUAUUAUACUUUAUUUUUGUUCUUAUUCCCUAUUCUCUUCCUUCACUAUUACUGCAUUUGAUGUCAGAUGUUUGCAGUGGAACUAUUAUCGACCUGAGGCACAAAGGGUGCCUUUUUAUUAUUAUUACUAACAUGCUGUGAUUACCUUAUAUAGUCUACACUUACAGAGCUUUAGUAUAUUUUUUGUAUUUUUGUACUAUUUAACAAUGCCAUGUGGUCUUGUAAUCACACAGGCAUCCACUUAUUGUCAAUUAUCAUUUUGUUGUUGAUUACUGAGAAGCUGGAAAUUCAUGGGAUAUAAACCAAAGGCUUAUUGGGUGACCACAGGGAACAACCCAGUAAUGGGGUAGUACCAACAGUAGCAAACAGUACCAUGACCAAACCUGCCCUGGAAUAUGCCUUUACCUGUACUGCUGGAGGGGGUCAAAUGUGUUGAGCAAACCAGAUCGAUGCCAAUCUAGUUGAGUAAAAGUUGAGACAGAUUCUGGCACUGCUCUGUUAACAGAAAAUGGCUGCCACUAAGUUUUACACUAAAUAAGUAUAUUGCAUAAUAAGUUAAAAAAAAUAGUUCAUGGAUCUCGUGUUAGGUUGAUAUUGAUGACUAUAUUUGUGUGUGUGUGUUUGCGUGUGUUAUGCAUGUGUAUAUAAUUGUGUGCAUAUGAAUAACACACUCAAUAUUCUUUGAACUUUAAACUGUCAUCUGUAUACUUAUACUUACAUAUACAUAAACUGCAAAUAUAUAUACAGUAUAUAUACACCCAUGUAACACUAGAUCUGAGGUAUAAGUCAUGGUGUUAGUUAAGUGGCAGCCGAGGCAAGUGUCGGUAUGUACCGCUUUAGUCAUCAGUUGCCUGCUGAGUGUCGUUUUGUCAUUUGACUCCCGCUCCUCUCACUAGCGCGUAGCCAAAUAGAUUGUAAGUGCAUUUUGGUGCAGAUGGUGUCUUUAUUAUUAUUUUAUAAUAGAUAUUUAUUUCACCAAGUUGAGUGAAAGUUAAUAUAUUUCUCAAAUAAAAUUAGACGACAUUCAAAGAAAUGGAGAAUGUUUUGGAGCACAGAAAAGCUGAUGCUUUCUCAUGAAAUUUGGGUACUUAGUGACAGCAAGCUGUAGGCUGGGUCUGUCAUCACCUUGGCUGAAUCUACUGUUUGUGAAAGGUAAUCCUUAGUCUGACCACCCUUAACCCCCCUAUAGGCCGGGCGUGUCUACGCAGUGUGUCUAUUAACAUUGUCUUUCAAGAAGCAGACCAGCUUAACAGUUAUAUACAGCUUUAUUAAGUCAUUUUCACAUUCCAUAGUUUAUGGUGAGUGUGUUGCUCAUCAGUAAGGUAUCGAGUGACUCGAAUACAGUAGGAUAUUUAAUCUUUUUUCUGAGUACAAGAUUCUUGCUUGGCCUUAAAAUUUUUGUCUGUUCCUGAAAGGUAAUGUUUGCUGACAGCUUAUAUUUAUGAAUAACCCAAUUUUUGUCACCACAUAGUCACAUUACACACACUAAUAAUGUUGAUGUUGAUAACGUUGAUGAUGAUAUUCAAAUUCAUGUAUCUUAUUUAUUGUUUCCAUAGUCAUUUGUGCUGGUAAAGCAUUUUACUUUGAAGUGCGAAUAUAGAAGACAAAGUAGACAAUUUGCUUUUUAAUCAGAACGUGACGACAUCGACGAUAAAAUCUUACAGUACUCUAUUUGUGAAGUUAAUUUCCAUUUCAGCCUAAAUAUUAACCAUUAUUAAACAAUGUUUCAGUUUAUCGUUGAUCUCGUCACGUACCAUCCUGUACACUGAUAAGCUGACACAACAUGCAAUGGAAAAUUAAGUAGAAUCUUAGUGCAAAAACAUGCAAAAAUCAUCAUAUAACAAACAUAUAACUGAAUUCUGAUAACCACUAUCACUCCUUCAAUGUUUAAUUACUUAUUCCCUGUAGUUUCUCUUUAGUCAAGCAGGACUGUACUCUUUGACAAUAUACAUACCUAAGCAAUCUUUUUAGAAAUUCUGUACUGGCAACUUGAUCUGUAAAUUUUACCCAAGCAGAAAUAGUCCAGUAGUGUACUGUAUAUUGAUGCAAGUUAUUAUUAUUAAUUGAUGAAAUAAAGGUAAGUCUGCUGGGUGUUGCUGUAAAUGGCAGAUCAUGUUGAUAUUUUUUUCCCCUCCUAGUUUUUCAGCAGUCUCGGCUAACUGAAACGCUUGUUUAAUUAAUCACAAGAGGAUCUUGUCAGCAAAUCCUCCGAGCGAUUUCAGGCACAGAUUUAUUAGUUCACUUCAGUUUUCAGGUGUUCAGGGCUUCUGCUCUUGCUAGUUUAGAGAGACGUCUCACCCUGAAUAUGUACAGGCACCCUGAUGAGCACACCAAGCUACAUUUUUGUUUUGGUUAGCCUUUGUGUAUAAAAGUGACCCAAGUUUUCUUAUAUAUACAUUAAAAUUGAUGUUCAGAUUGUGUCUUUUAGUAAACCAUCAAUUACGUAUAAAUAGAGAAAUUUUUUUGCGGAUUUAAUCACCAGGUUUGGGUUAGUAGUAAGUGAACGAUCAUUAAUGCUUUGUCACAUUAGUAUUGGUUUUAAAUGUGCCGAGUACCUCGCCCUUGAAUAAAAGGUAUCCCUCAGUCAACAUUUCAAAAGAUGCACGAGAUUUUUUAUUUAUUAUUAUUAUUUUUUUGGUUGCUUGUAGCUUUUCCCCAUUGUCGUUUGCAUGUUUGUGCCUCCUUUGUGUGACAAUAGGAGCAUGUGUACUUCAGUUUUAUGAAUAACAAAACUAUAUAAAGUCAUGGGACAGUGAAAAUGUGUUACCAUACGGAUUUUUAAAGUAAUUAGUGGAACGUUAAUGUUGAGCACAUGUUGGUAAUUAUGAAGACCAAGACAUUAUGGUGUGAAUUUGAUAAUGAAACUUGUUGACCAUCAAGGCAGCUUGGAGUAAAAAUAAUAUGGUUUGUAGUACGUAUUUUCAUAAUGGUUUAUUUUGAUCUAUUGGAAAUGUUCAAUGGGCUUAAUGCUUUGUAUGAGUUUGUUAUUGCUAUCCAGUUUGUAAAUAUUGUCUUUCUCUUUGUACAUUUAUUCUGUAAACUUAAGUAACGUGAAUAAAUUCAAUGUACACCA